AUGGGUCUGGUGCAGUACGACAGCAGUGAUGAUGACGAGGACGUAACAACCGAAACCACCCUCGAGAUCCGUAAUCCAUCAGUUGAAACCUCCACUCCAAACGUCCAAAAUACCAAUGAUCACCCUUCAACCACCUCCAAACUACCCCAACCACCAUCCGCCCCACCAGAGCUCGGUCCCAUCCUCGGGCCCUCCAGACCACCUCCUGAACAACAACCCAGUUUUGAACAAGCUCCGUUACAAGCCGAAGAUGUGGAAGACCAAGAAGCCCCAGUCGACCUCUCCUUCCUCGACCCCCCAUCAGCCAACAUGAACAACGCUUCCUCCCCAUCCACCAGCACUCAACAACCCCCUCCAUCCCCUUACACAGCAACCCGCACCCUCCUGCGGGACCUGACCUUACCCGCCGUAGCAAACAUGGACAUCCCUCCCUCCCCUCCGGGUUCGCCGCCGCGGGGCCACGAGGCGCUCACGGCCAAGUUUGACACAUUCCUCCGACUGAAGCGCACCAAAGGGGUGCACUUUAACGAGCGGCUGGCGUCGUCGGCGGGGCUGCGGAACCCGGCGCUCAUGGACAAGCUGCUGGGCUUUGUCGGACUGGAGACGGGGUUUGGGACUGAUGGGAACGACGACGAAGACGGCGGUGGUGACGGUGACGGCAACGGAGACGGAGGAGGGGUGGGUUCGAGUGCAGCCGGGAUAGAGCAGUACGCUACUGUUCUGCCCAUGGACGUAUGGGAUCCGUAUGCCUUCCCGCGGUGGGCGGUCAGGGGGUCUCUGAGGAGGGCACAGGAGCAAUUGAGGAAGGAAAGGGAGAGGGGGAAGGGGGAAGCGGUGGAGUUCGUCUCUGCUGGGAGCAUUAAUGGUGGCGGGGAUGGUCGGGGUGUCGAGGUUGAGAGUGGAAGUAAGGCUGGAACGCCUGCUGGCGGCGGCGCUGGCAGACGGAAGGGGUAG